AGUAAAAGCCUUUGUGUAAUUGCAGAAAGAAGAAAUACAAAGAGCAUAAAUGUUUGCACACUUAGAUGUAGUCUCCUUAAGUAAAGCUCCGGUAUUGUAGGCUGUAAUUUUGGCUUUGUUCCAAACACAGUUAGUGUUCUUACUAGAACAUUUAAGGCUCUGUCCAAAAGCUAUAGUAUGUUCUACUGAAAGUUCAUACAUGUGUGAGUGUGGGAGUGUUUGCAUUACCUACAAUGCACUAUGUCAUGUCUAACACUGAGAACUAGCUGCUAGCAGUGAGUCAUUUUUACACAUGUAACAUUGUGUUUUAGAGUAUUUAAUGAAAUAAAACAUAAAGUUAAAUAAUGUAUCUGUCUGUAACAUAUAGGUAUAGAUCAUAUGUGUUUAAAGUCCAUGUCAGGCUUUAGCUAAGAGUGCCCAUUUAUGUACAGCAUAUGAUAGGACAAAGUUAUGCCAGUGUAGUGAGCGUGCUGGUCCCCCUGGAUAUCAUCCUUACAUAAGGACCCUUAAUUUAAUUGAGGUUAUAGUGGUGAGCUAGUUAGCUAUGUAGGUAUGUUGUUAAUUUCACAUUGUUGUUGUAACACUUAUUUUGUUUAACAGUUUAUUUUCCAGCGUUCUGGGAGCUACUACUAACAUCUAAGCUAGCUAGUUGUUUAGCUAUUUAUAAUUAUUAUAACAGUAAUAAUUCCAUUAAAAUAAAAUAUUCAAUAUUUUCUAAAUAUUAGCUAGCAAGCUAUUUAGGUUUAGAUAACAAACACCAUUGACAGUCCCUCAACGCUAGCUAACUUUACUGCAAUAGAAUAGAAACUAGUUUCCCUUAUCGAACUGUUACCUAUUUUUUAGUCUUUGACAUCAGACCAGGUACAAGGGCUUGCUGUACUCUGAGUCCUCUGUGUGACUCAGUACACUAGCCAUUUUAGGGUUACUUCUAAUAAGAACACUUCUAGAAUACUUUUGGGACAAAGCUUUUGUGCAAGUUUAAAAAGAAGCUCUAGGCUGCCUUAAACACUGCAUGGCUAGACUCGGCAGUUUCAAGGUAAAUUUAUUUGUAAGAUGUUGAAUGUUUAGCUAGUGCUCUCUUUGCUGGAGUCUUGUGCAUUCAUCCUGGUGGUAGCAGAGUGUCAAGUGCAACUGUAUCGUAAAUAACUGCUUUUCAGCACUAACAUUCACUUGCUUUGUUUUACUGAAUUUAUGCCAUACAACUACUCUUUGUAGUUAUGGUUUAGCUAUCGUGUCCAAAACGAUACCCUACUUCCUGUUCACUUCAAAGUGCAUGAUGCAAAGUACAUUCUGUUCCAACAAGGAUCAGUGACCUACUGAAGUGCACUGUGGGAUUUUGUAAGCAAGCUACAUAUUUCCCACUACACUUUCAAAAAUCAGUCCUGCAUCUCACUCUGUAGUGAAUAUGGCAUGUUUUGGACAUGGUGGUUAGCUUUAAUAAUGUUGAAUAGAUUUUAUCGAAUGUUAUUCUUGUUUUAAUCUAUCCCUUUUUCAUGCAUAUAACAAAAAUCAAGAACUGUAGAUUUGUUUUCUGUGAGUCAAUACCAGCAUGUUCUAUAGACUGAACUAUAGUAAGUACUGUGCAGUGUGAGGGCUUAGUGAUCAAGCCGAAAACAAAAAAGUCAUAUUACAUACAUGUGAUUUUUCUUUAUUAAAAGAUUUAAUGUAACUUUGGUACAAUUUGUUGAGAAAGGAAGAAAGGAAAUUAAAUGAAAGGAUUUACAACUGCUGGGUGCACAUUGUCACUCUAGGUCAUAAAGAUCAGGACAACAGAUCAGUUUGUGGUGAUUGGUGUUUUUAUUAGACAUUGGAUUUCCAUUUUUUUUUUAAAUUUCCUUACACAUCUUGUAAGGAAAUCCCAACACAGACUAAACAUCUACUACUUCUACUAGUAUUAAUCAUCAAAAUUGCGUAGCCAUCAUCAUCAGCAGCAGAAGCAUUAUUGGCUACAAAUAAUACAAACCAUGAAAACUUUAACUAUGGCUACAAACCAUGAAAACUUUAUUUAACAAAAUAUGUCCAAAGACCAAAGAUAGACCAGUAUGUAUUUAAUCAGUUAAAAUAAGUGUUUAAAUGCCAUUAUAAUAACAGUAGGCUUACCUCAGCUGAGUGAAGUACUUAGGAGAUCAGAAGAUAUGGAAUAGUUCAUAAUGGUUUACUGACAGCCGGCUGCUGAAUUUUAGCUCUUCGUCAUGGUCUUUAUUUGCAUACUGAAUUACUGAGAAAUCAAGAUCUGGAGGAAUUUGCAAAUCAUAAAAAGGUUGAUUAUUUCUUAAAUUAGAUAGUGUGCUAAAUAAGGACUUAAUGUUGUCCUUUUUCUUUCUAUCACUUUUAAAAUUCAACAUGUUCUGACUGAGACAAGGACUAGAUGGUAAUUAUUGGGUUAUUAUGAAGACCUCCAGCUUCAUCAAAUUUUCCAUCACCUUUAUUCACUGUCAGAAUGUUUGCUUGAUUAUGCACAGUUGUUCACUGUACCUAUAGGGUACUGUAGGGAUGGAUGCGGUAAUUAGUGAAAUGGUGCUCCACUGUACCUGAUAGUUUGUAAAGUUGUAUUUAACCCCUCAGUUAUUCAGUCAAUUUGGAAUCACGUGCUACACGGCAGAAAUCUCUGACUGCUGCAGCUUGGUGUGGUGUAAGUACACGUUUCUUACAUACUGUAGGCAGGUGUCAGAAACCGUACACAUCAGAAGUUAAAACAGAUAAAUCAGUGAUCAGCCAGAUCUUUGUUUAAGUACCUAAAGAAAUUUAUUGAUGCCAAAAGUAAUAAAUAAAUCUAGAGCUUGAUAAAACUUGUGAGAAAGACUAAUGGCCAUCUGACUUAUUUCUAGGAGGUUUUUCGCUCUCUUUUUUUUCUCGGUAACUUUUUUGUUGUUGGAUGUUGUGGCUCUGCCAGGAGCCUCACUUCCCUCUUUCUUCUGCUUCUAUUUUGAUUUUCAUCCUCAACCUCCAUCCACCUCUUGAUGUAGUUGGUAAUGUUUGGGAUUCAGAGCUAACCUGUGAUCAGUUUAAUUACUCUGUAUAGAAAGAAUGAAGAGAAAACCCUGAGGUCUGUAUAAAAAAUGCAAUGACUGUAUUAAUAAAGGUCAGUGUGAAUAGUGA